AUGGUGGCCUCGGCAGGCCCCAACUCGUCGGUGUACGUGACCGACCGGCACGGCUCGCGCCUCGGCGCCUUCCACGUCUCGGGCGCGGUGGUGGCCAUGGCCUUUGACGCCGACUCGGAGACGCUAGCGGUCAUUUCCGACGGCUCGCGAGCUAUCAAGUUCUGGAACUCGAACACCCGCUCCACUUCGGAGCUGGAGACCAAGAUGAAGGGCCUAUCGUUCAUGACUUGGGCCGCUGCGGGUGCUCUCCUUGCCGUCGGCACCGUCAAGGGCAACCUGCUGCUUGUCGACCGCAUCAAGGGCCGCCUCGUCCCUAUUGUCGGCAAGCACACCAAGACCAUCACCCACGGCGCGUGGUCGACUGACGGUGUCCUUGCUCUCGCUGCCGAGGACCGCCAGGUCACCAUCUCGUCGCCGCGCGGCGACACGGUCGACUCGAUGAUGUUCAAGUCGCCGCCGCGCCUCCUUGCCUUUGGCGCCCGCAAGGCCGGUACCGGGUCGGCCUCGGCAUCAGCUGCCACAGCCCUCUCCACCCAGCCGACACUCUCGCUCGUCAUCUCGGACGCCGUCGUUGUCCUGCAGGACGUCGAGCUCCAUGCCGGCGCCGUCGGAACACCGACAGAGCUCACCUUUUCGUCGGCAUACGGCCCCAUCGCCGCCUACGCCUGGCUCGCCGACGGCUACCUCGGUGUCGGUUUUGAGCGCGGCCACUUUGUGGUUGUCUCCACUCAUGCCAACGAGCGCGACUCGGAGGUCUUCUCCGAACAGCUUCACUCGUCGUCGCUUGUCGACGUGGCGUACUGCGAGGCGACUCGCGAGGUGGCCACCGCCGGCGACGACGCCAUCGUUGUCAUUUCUCUCGCCUCAUGGUCGGUCACGCAUACCAUCUCGCUGCCAGAGCUCACAGGCUGUCUCCGCUCGCUGUCGUGGGCGCCCAACGGCCAGCUCCUCACCGUUGCCACCAACCGUGGCGACGUCAUCACCCACUUGACGCAGGUCCCGGUCAUCGGCGCCGCCCAUGGGACGCUGCUGGCCUCGCUAGCUUCGCUCCGCGAAAUCGCGCUCAUCCAGACGCACAAAGAGUCUGGCCUGCCCACGCCCGUCGCCCGUGCUUCCGACCUCCCGCCGGACGCGCUCUUUCUGCCGGGCCCGCGCCUCGCUGUAGACCACGAGCCGGCGCUCCUUGCCCUCGGCCCACGCCACCUUGCCGCUGGCUCGAACAACACGCUGCGCUACUACGACUGGGCGGCCUCGCCGCCGGCUUUGGUCAUGGAGCGCGACUACGUGACCACCAUCGAGCGGGUGGUGCUCAACGCAUCGCACGCCGCAGUCCUUGCUGGCCGGCGCAUCUCCAUCCACUCGCUACUCUCGCCGAACGCGCCGGUUCUCUCCAUUCCGGAGCGUGGCGAUGCCAAUGUCACGUGUGUGGCGCUCUCUGAGCAGUUCCUUGCCUACGGCACUGCCGACGGCGGCAUCCACGUCGCCUUGCUCGGCGCCGAUGGCGUGCCGGCGUCGGUAGCCCAGUACGCGCUGCCGGCGGGCGUCACCGCGCUCUACCCCAACGCUAACGGGACGCGCAUAUUUGUCCGCGACGACUCGGGUGCAGGCCAUGUGUACAACCCGGUCAACGAUGCGCUUGUUCCAGUCCCGCACCUCCCGCGAGUGCUCAGCGGUGUGCUGUGGGACCAGAAUGUCCUUGAUGACCUUGACGCCGUUCAGGACUGGGGCGUCUUUGUGGCGUACGAUGCUGACAUCGCCAUAACCUAUGCUUACUUUCCACUCACCGUUCAGGGCGCGACGGUCGAAAAGGUGGCUGUCACCCACUUGCCGCGUGGCCACGUUCCAAUGCUCCUCCGCUCCGGCUCGCUCGUCACGCUCUCGGCGUCCGGCACGCCUGCGCACGUUGUCCUCGCCUCGCACAACGCGCUCGGCGCCGACGCCGCUCCGCUCGAGGCCUUUGAGCAGAACCUUGCGCUCGGCCGGCUGUCGGCGGCCUGGCGCGCUGCGGUUGCGCUCGACAACGUCGAGGUGUGGAACGAGCUCGGCUCGGUGGCGCUCGCUCAGCUCGAUGUCGAGCUCGCUACCCAGGCCUACCGCCAGAUCGGCGACGCCGGCAUGGUGCUGUCGCUCGAGGGCCUGGCCGAUCUGGAGGACCGCUCGCUGCUCGCCGGCUACGUCGCCAUGUUUUUGCCCAAGGUUGCUCUCGACAUGCGGCGCGACCUGCUUCACUGGGAUGCUGCGCUCCAGCUCGCCACCACGCUCGCGCCCAACGCGCUGCCGGGCAUCUGCAAAGAAUACGCGCAGCAGCUCGAGUUCAACGGCGAGUACGAGGCUGCGCUCAACAUGUUUACCCGCGCCGCGCCUGGCCCGCCGCCGUCCGGCACCGAGCCAGGCGCACACACUUCAGCCUGCGAGGCCGGCAUGGCCCGGUGCACGCUGCGGCUCGGCGACCUUUCGCGUGGCCUCCAGCUUGUGCUCGGCUCCAACUCGCCGGCGCUCUGCCGCGACGCCGGCGCCAUUCUCGAGUCGAUGAAGCAGUACUCGGAUGCGGCGGUGGCGUACGAGGCCGGCAAGGUGUACGACAAGGCCGUCGCCAUGUACCUAGUCACCAAGUCGUUCGACGCUGCUGGCAAGCUCAUGGAGCAUGUCAAGAACCCACAGCUCCACCUCAAGUACGGCAAGGCCAUGGAGGCGCUCGGCAAGUUCAAGAAGGCCGAGGCCGCGUACGAGGCCGCCCGCGACUGGGUCGGCGUCAUCCGGGUCAACCUCGACAAGCUCGACAACCCAUCCAAGGUCCUGGCCCUCGUCCGCUCGACCAAGUCGGCCGAGGGUGCCAUGCUUGUGGCCGAGCACUGUCGCAAGGUCGGCGACUACGCGUCCGCCAUCGAGUUCCUCCUCCUCGCCGACUGCCGCGAGGAGGCGUACAACCUCGCCGACCGCGAGGGCCAGAUGGACACGUACGCGUCGCUCAUCGGCAACUCGGGCACCCGUGACGAGUAUGCGGCCGUCGCCAAGUUUUACACCGCCGUCGGUGACUCAUUCCGCGCCGGCCAGUUCUUUGCCCGCGCCGACGAUGCCCGCGCCGCCGUUCGCUCGUACCUCGCUGCCAACACCGAGGAGGCGCUGCUGGAGGUCAUCAACUAUGUCGGCAAGCUCCGCGACGACGUUCUCAUUCAUCUCGUCAUCGACGACCUCUCCGGAGCGUCGGGCGGCGAGCCGAAAGACCCCAAGUACAUCUACUGGCUGUACUCGGCGCUGGGCAACUUUGACAAGGUCGCCGAUGUUGCCGUCCGCAUUGCCGCCAACGAGCAGGAACUCGGUAACUACCGCGAGGCGCACCUCAUUCUCCACGACGCCGCCACGCUGCUGCGCUCCAAGGACAUUUCUGUCCCGCACCCACUCGCCCGCGCUCUCAUGCUUGUCCACUCGUACUUGCUCGUCAAGUCACUGGCCAAGAUCGACUCGUCGCGGGUCCUCGGCGCCCGGAUGCUCGUCCGCGUCGCCGCGAGCAUCUCCAAGUUCCCGGCCCACGUCGUCCCCAUCCUCACCUCAACCGUCCUCGAGUGCUACAAGUCAGGCCUCAAGCGGAGCGCGUUCGAGUACGCCACCAUGCUCAUGCGGCCCGAGUACCGCACCAAGCUCAACGACAAGUACCGCAAGCGCAUCGAGGCCAUCGUGAGGCGGCCAGACAAGUCCGAGCCGCCCGAGGAGACCUCGCCGUGCGGAGUUUGCGACGCGCCGCUCGCCAACUCAGAUCUCGACUGUCCGUCGUGCCGGUCGGCGCUCCCGUUCUGCGUCAUGACCGGGACCCACAUCGUCCGUGAAGGCUUGUGUCUCUGUCCGCACUGCGCCUUUGGUGCCCACAAGUCGAUUGUCGCCAAGGGCCUUGUCGCCAAUGGCGGCGCCUGCCCAAUGUGCGGCAACACGUCCGAGCCGUCCGAGUGGCAAGUCCUCAAGAUGGAGGAAGCCCGAAGCUGGGUGCAGGAGUGGGUGCAGUAGUGCGAGGGCUAAAGGCUGUGGAGGCGUAUGUAUGGUCCGAGACUGGCGGCGGC